CUGAGAGGCGAAAUAAAUCUUUCGAUCAACGAAACCGGGAAACGUUUCCCUUAAAACUGACAGGAAACGCAAGAGCCUAGAAUCUUCUGGGGAGUGUUAGGCAGGUCCAACAUAAGGAAUCUUGGGUGGGUUUACGAUUGCGAUCGAGUCAUUGAACCAUUUUAUUUUAUCUAUCGGAAGAAAAGGCAUUUGAAUCGAAGUUGAUAGGGGUAGGAAAUGGCAAGUGGGUUUGGGGAAUCAGAAAGCAUGUCACCCGCAAGCGGCGCUUGCGGGGGUAGUGGUAGCAAUGAUGUUGGUGAUUUUGAAUGUAAUAUCUGCUUUGAAUUGGCUCAAGACCCCAUUGUUACUCUUUGUGGUCACCUUUACUGCUGGCCUUGCCUUUAUGAAUGGCUCCAUCAUCACUCACAUUCCCAAGAAUGCCCGGUUUGUAAGGCCCUCGUACAGGAGGAAAAGUUGGUUCCUCUUUAUGGCAGGGGGAAAACACCUAGUGAUCCCAGAUCAAAAUCAAUUCCUAAUGAUAGUAUACCUAGUCGCCCAGCAGGGCAGAGACCUGAAACAGCUCCUCCAGUAGCAAACCCCGUUUCACAUCUUGGGCUUGGAUUGAUGAGAGGGUUUGCACCAGUUCGAACUGCAAGAUUUGGUAAUUUCGCAUUGUCUGCUGCUUUUGGUCAUUUAUCUCCCUCCCUGUUCAAUAUUCACGUUCAUGGAUUUCCUGAUCCUAGAGUAUAUGGGGCAACUCCUGGUUAUCCCUUCUGGUUUUCAAAUGCAAUGCAUGGGGGCCUGGGGCAUAUGCACAGAUUUCCUCACCCAAUAAGUCAAAGACAGCGGACCAACUACUAUCUGAAGAAUCUCCUUUUGUUUAUAGGUGUGUUGGUGAUUCUUGCUUUGAUAUGGUAGGAACCAACACUCCCCUUUGCCAGUCAUCUGUAUCUUUUCAAUGCCUUAGUUUCUUUGUUUUAGCAUCUGCAAUGUACAUGCGUUUUUCAUAAAUGGCUCACAGAAUCUCUCUUUUGAGUUUUACUCAGAAACUUUGUCAUCUCUGUAAUUAUAAUAUAUUGUUAUGGACGAUGAUUAUUUUUAUGCUUCUUGAAGCUUAUAAAAAUAAGAGAUGAUAGUUAAUUUUGAGUACAA